AUGCCCGCUAUCGCCCACCUCCAAGCACGCUUCUUAGAAGACUCCAGCGGCAGCGGCGGAAUAUCAGCAACAGCCAUCGCCCUCAUCGUGUGUCUCGGAAUCGUACCAUGCAUCAUCUUGAUCUGGGCAGUUUGCUAUCUCUUCUGGGCCUAUCCUUACGACCGUAACUGCUGCUGCAUCAAGCGAAAGCGUCGCCCCGAACCCCAGAGUGUACUGAACCAAGCGCCCAUGAGCGAAGGGACACUAUAUGAAAAACCAGGUGUUGCACCUCCACAACGGCCAUUUUCUGCCCAGACCAGAACCGACACAGGAAGCUCAAGCAACACUGGACGUCUGCAUAAGCAGCAGAGGCCUGGUAGUGGAUUCGACGCGAGGGACACGCGGAUGAGCUUGAAUAGCGUUGUCAGUGCCAACACUGUCACGUACGCUCAGCAGCCCAAGCCAUUUGUAUGA